CAUUGUAUGGCAAACACAUAAGAAAACAGAACAACAACAAAGUAAUCUUCAAUUGUUUCGAUCACCGUUCCAGUCCAAAACACCAACCCCCAAGCAUAAUCUUAAUCAGAUACUCUCUUCCAAUUCCAACUUCAACACACUACUCACAUGACACACCCCCUUAUUAUAUUUUACUAUUCGUUGGACUCACUCUCAAAGUGUGAGAAGUGAAGUCCCAAUAAUAUGGCUUCAACACCUCUCGUCUUCUCUUCUUCCUUCAACAAACCACUCCAUCAUCGUCAUCGACCUUUUCAUUCCUUCCAAUCUCCUUCUCUACACUUUAAAUUCAAACAUACCUUCCAUUAUUCCAACUGCAUCACCGAUUUCCCUUCAAAUCCCAAACUACUCGCACGAGCUUCUUCUGAAGAACAUGCCGAACUCACAGAUUCUUCUUUGGUUGGUGAAGAGUCUGCAACUUUUGAAAUUAAAGAUCAGAAACUUUCUUCUUGGUUUUACUUCACUCUAAUAUUGGGAGUUGUGCUGUUUGUUCUUAAUGUCAUCUGGAUUGAUGAUUCCACUGGGUUCGGUAAGGCCUUUGUUGAUUCCAUUUCAGGGAUUUCAGAUAGUCAUGAGGUGGUAAUGUUUGUCCUGAUUCUCAUAUUUGCUGGUGUCCACAGUGGCCUUGCCUGUUUCCGUGACAUCGGUGAGAAACUCAUUGGAGAACGAGCUUACCGUGUUCUUUUUGCAGGGACAUCACUACCUUUGGCUCUCACCAUCAUUGUGUAUUUUAUUAACCACAGAUACGACGGACUUCAGCUGUGGCAGCUCCAAAGUGUUCCUGGAGUUCAUCAACUUGUGUGGAUUUCUAACUUCAUCUCCUUCCUUUUCUUGUAUCCUUCAACCUUUAACCUUUUAGAGGUUGCAGCAGUUGACAAGCCUAAGUUACAUCUAUAUGAAACUGGAAUCAUAAGAAUAACCAGACAUCCACAGAUGGUUGGACAGGUUAUGUGGUGUGUUGCUCAUACAAUUUGGAUUGGAAAUUCUGUGGUGGUUGCAGCUUCAAUUGCUUUAAUUGGACAUCAUUUAUUUGGUGUUUGGAAUGGAGAUAGGCGUCUAGCUGAAAGAUAUGGUGAAGAUUUUGAGAUAGUUAAGAGUAGAACAAGUGUUGUCCCUUUUGCAGCAAUACUUGAUGGAAGACAAAAGUUACCAAAAGAUUUCUACAAAGAGUUUCUUCGAUUACCAUAUUUUACAAUCACUGCUGUAACAUUAGGAGCUUACUUUGCACAUCCACUUAUGCGAGCAGCUAGUUUCAAACUUCAUUGGUAGUUAAAAUCUUAUGUUUAUAGAUAGAUAAUAAUGCCACACGUUGUAGUGGUGUAACUUGUAAGUAUGAGUGGAAAUUUAUGUACUCCAAAAGUAAAAAUUAAUAAAACCAUCUUUGCGGCUCCUUUUUUUCGAACA